CUGUAUCAUUCGUUUCUUGUGAUUCUAGUCUGAGAGUUUUGAACAUUUUUGCGAUUCUAGCUACAAAAAAAAAACAAAAUAAAGGUUCCAUUCCGUAACCAAAAAUUAUACUAAAGUGGCAUAGCUUGGAUUGCGACCGCGACUACAAAUGUGUAGCAUAGGCGAAGAUGACUUCGGGGACGACGGUGGUUUACAUGCGAUGCAAGAGGACUCAGCUACAGCCAGCGGAUCCAGUUUUGCCGAGGGAGCCAUGUGCCAACAGUGCAACCAAAAUCAAGCUGUUUUGAAAUUACGAAUUAAGGAACCACAGUGCCGAAGCUGUUUUUUACAUUACGCCCGUCAUAAGUUUCGAGCAUCACUUGGCUCAACAAAGAUCGUUCGCCGAGGAUCGAAUGUCCUGGUAGUGUUCGACGGAUCCCGUCAAAAUAUUACUAUGCUAGAUAUGAUUCAAUAUGGCUUAGAGCAAGAGUCGUUUAAAAAAUUGAGAGUUAAUCCGGUUUUAUUGUUUGUGAGUGAAGAUUUUCUGUCUGGAAACCAGGAUUCAUAUAGGAAAAAGAUAGAAGCAAAACUGGACUUGAUGAAGCAGUUCAAAUAUCCUUCCUAUAUUGCCGUGCUCGGGGGACGCAAAUGCUUCCAGAUAGACGAAGAAUUUUUAGAGCUUUUGCAAUCAGAAGGAGAAAAAUUUGUUGCCGUUUUAAGUGGAAUCAAAAGCAUAACAGAAAAACAAGAUUUCAUUGAACAAACCAGAAAGCAUACGUACAAAACUAUGGCCAAAAAGCUUGAGUGCGGAUAUGUGUUUUUGUCUGAUAUCGGGUUGAACCUCGCUAAAACCUUGCUCUCAAACGUGGCUCUUGGCAGAGGUCGAUCCUUGGCAUUGGACGUUGCUUUUUGUGACGACAGAGACGACCAGGUUAAGCUCAUACGACCAAUGAGAGAUUUAAAUCCGGAUGAAAUUGAAAAUUAUGUUUUAUUUUCGGAAAAUUCGUUGAGGUUUUUGGAUCCUGAAGAUCCUUUCAAAGAAAAAGCCAGUUUGCAGAGUUUGACUUCUAAAUUUGUGGAUGGAUUGCAGGAAAGGUUUUCUGCAACUGUUUCGACGGUUUUUCGAACUGGUGAUAAAUUAGCGGUACCAAAGAACAUGGCUGCUGGUGCAAAUGAUACAGAAGAAGAGGAUCUCCUCGGAUUAUUUGAUAAAACGUUAAAAAUUGGAGAAACAAGCGCCGCAUGUUUGAGAUGCAAAUUUUGUCAUGGGGAACUGGAUUUCCACGACUCAGAUACACUUUAUGCUACCGAAUUCUCCCGAAUCGUAUCGUCUCGUAUUAAUGUAACGCAGAGCCAUGAAGAACUCGUAGAGAGCACAUAUUUGAUGGAGAAAGAUGCACACAAAGCUGUUGUGGGCGAGUUGGACCAAGAAGAUGACAUUGGGCCUUUGAAAAAGGAGCUCUGUCAUAGUUGUAGAAACAUAUUUUUAGAUUUUGAAAUGAAAUGACGCAUAAUAAAGUUAGAUUA